AUGCCACACACAAAUUUAAUAACAAUUUCUGAUAUAAAGAAUUGUUAUGAAAACAAUACAGAUUUAUCAGCAAAAGAUAAAUUAAAAACCAAAUUAAAUGGUCUUAUAAAUGAAGGUGAAUGGGAAUUUACUGAUAUAGUGGAACAUGAUUAUUCUUUGGCUCCAAUUGUGGACUGCUUAAAGUAUUAUAUUGCUGGUUAUUUAACUCACCAAAUAACUAAAAGAAGUUCUUGUCAAAAAUGUAAAACUAGUAUUAUGAGUAAUGAAUGUUUCACAUCCGAGGCUGAUUUGACAAAUAUAAAAUCCAGAGGAUGGCUAAAACAUCCAAAUAAAUAUUUGUAUGAAUUAUUGAGUGUGGUUGAAGAUGAAUUGAUGAACCAUUUAGGUAAAACAAGUGUUUAUGAAGACACGGUAGAAGCCUUGAUAACCAAGUGUGAGACGUUCACAUUUCCAUGUGGGGAACAUAAAGAUUUUAUUAUAGCGUCCAUAAUAAAAUAUUAUAUAAAUAUGAGAAUGCGUCAAUGGACUAGGCAAACAAACCAGGAACAGCUAAAAGAAAACGCAAAAAAGAAAAAACUAUCAAAAUUUUGUAAAUCAUAA